AUGGCUGAGGUGAUCAAGCUACAUGGAGCAUGGCCUAGUCCAUUUAGUUGCAGGGUGAUAUGGGCUUUGAAGCUGAAAGGCAUCCCAUAUGAGAACAUAGAGGAAGAUCUUCCGUACCGAAAAAGUCCUGAACUUCUCAAAUACAAUCCAGUCCACAAGAAGAUCCCAGUGCUCGUUCAUGGAGAGAAGCCAAUUUGUGAGUCCAUGAUCAUCAUCGAAUACAUAGAAGAAACAUGGCCAGAAACACCCUUACUGCCCGCUGACCCUUAUGACAGAGCCAUAGCUCGGUUCUGGGUUAAAUUCGCUGACGAUAAGGGUCCUUCAAUUUGGAUGGUCUUCAGAACCACCGGCGAAGAGCAAGAGAAGUUCAAGAAAGAGAGCUUAGAGAUGCUGAAAACCAUUGAGGAGCACGCGGGUACUCUGGGAAAGAAGAAGUUUUUUGGAGGAGACAACAUUGGAAUAGUGGACAUAGCCUUCGGAGGGAUUGCUCAUUGGUUUGGAGUCAUUGAAGACGUGGUUGGUGUGAAGUUGUUUGAAGCCCAAGUAUUUCCCCGCUUGCAUGCAUGGACUGAGAACUUCAAACAAGUGCCUGCAAUCAAAGAUAACCUUCCUGAUCGUGAUAAAUUAGUGGUUUUCUUUAAGCAGAUGAGGGAAAAUUUGUUGGCAUCUUCGUGA